CUCGUAGAGUCUACUCGAUGAAAAAGUUCUUUCUGUGGAUCGAUCUGAUCAGUUUUGAGUUGUGAUUGCAGAGCGUAGAUCUACUUAUAUUUGCAGCAGUCAUAGCUGUCGAGGUUGCGUUUUAGUUCAGUUCGGAGCGCUACGGCUUGUCCUUCCCCUGGUGCGAUAAUAUACCACCGUGCGCCCGAGCAUUGCCCUAUUUCGUAUUCUAGCUGUGACUGGAAAGCAGAACAGCCGAAGCAAAUAUGCCGGUGUUUCACACGAAGACGAUCCAGACCAUCCUGGAGCCUGUGGCUCUGCAGGUCUCCACCAUGGUGGUUCUGGACGAGGAAGCGGGUCAAGGCGGGAGCAUGCCAGACCUGUCAGAGCCAGUGUCCGCUGUCAGUGCUGCCGUAGGCAAGCUCGUCACGGUGGGAAAAGAGACGGCAGAAUCCAGUGAAGACAAGCAGCUGCAGCAGGAUUUGCCCCGUGCCUGGGAAGCGGCCGAGGUCUCCUCCACGCAGCUUGCAGAGGCGGCCGCAACGCUCCGAGACAACCCACGCAGUGGUCCCGGACGCAGGCUGCUGAUAUCCGGGGCUAGGGGUAUCCUGGAGGCCGUGUCCGACCUGCUGCUGACGUUUGAUGAGUCUGAGGUUCGCCGGAUCAUCUCUGUCUGUGAGAGUGUGCAGGAAUAUGUGAAGGUGGCUGAUGUGAUUGAGAUCAUGUCUGAUCUUGUGAUCUUCAUCAAGAACCUCACACCCGGACUCACCGGUUUGAACAAGCUGAUCGACAACCGUGCCAAGGAGCUGACUAACCCCGUGCACGCCGCCAAGCUUGUUGAGCACUGCUCCAAUGUAAAGAAGGCAGUGCCCAUGCUGAUUGCAUCCGUCAAGCUGGUGUGCAGUCUGCGUGCCUCUCAGAGUGGCGAUGCCACGGACGCAGCCAGCAGUCGCAGCUGGCUCAUGUCCACGAUCAACGAGGAUCUGAACGAGAUCAUUCGCAUUCUGCAGAUCAAGACGAGCAAGGACGAUCUUGCGCAGGGUGAUUUCAGCGAGAUGGUGGCUAAGAUCAUGGGCAAGGACGAGCCCUUGGCCCAGCAGGCAUUCCUCACGGACUUUGAGUCGGCCAAGCAGUUCUUGGUGAAGCUUGAUCCUGAAUCGGCUGACGCUGGCCUCGAAGCGCUGGACAAGUGUCUGGCCAAAGCUCUGGCACUGGCAGAUCAUCUGCAGGACGCGGAAAUGCGCGAGUCUCUUCAGCGGCAAGUGGCCGAGCUGAGACCGAUGAUUGCGCGUCUCCAGGCCAUGAAGGAUGCUGGAAAGCUUGACACAGCGGAAGGUCGUGCCUUGGCCAAGGAGAUCGCUGCAAAGAUCGACGCACUGGAGGAGACAAUGCGAGAGGCUAUGGUUAAAGAGGUUGUGGAGAACUUCAUGGACCCGACAGGACCGGCCAAGCAGAUGACAAACACAGCGCUGCUGGAACCAACAGUGGCCGAUCGCGAGGCGCAGUGGUCCGCCAAGGCCAAGGCGUUCACCAAUCACGUGGAGGCCGCGUCUCGCACAGCCCUGCAGGUUGCCCGCAGCGGCGGUGUUCACGAUGAAGCCACCGUGCAUGAGAUCAUGGACACCAUCAAACACCUGCAGUCGCUGGCCCCGCAGCUCGUCAGCAGCUCCAAGAUAGUCCUGAACAACUACGGCAACGAGGUGGCAGUUGACUUCAUGCAGACUCUGAAGACGGAGUACUGUCAGCAAAUGGAUCGUCUCACUGGCCUCAUGGACCAAGCUACCGACAGUGUGCAGUUCCUCAAGGCUUCUGAGGCACAGAUCCAUGCUGGACUGGAGAAGGCCAAGGCAUCCUUGGUCAAAAAUGAUACAGAGACAGCCAUGAACAUGUCGACAACGGUUGCGAAGCAGGCACGGCGUGUCCUGGAUGUUGCCAAAGCGGAAGCCGAGAACUCGGAAGACGUCGCUUACGUGGAUAGGGUCACUGCAGCGUCAAUGCAGCUAUCACAAUCCGUGAAGCCCAUGGUGAUGUCCUGCAAGAAGAGUUGUGCAGAGAAGAGCGAGGCAUCACGGCACGAGUUCAACGCCAACGCAAACGCGACGGGAGCCGCUGUUACGGAGGUCCGUAAGGUGGUCGAAGACUUUCACGUACCGCCCCGUCCUCCGACGCCGCCAUCACCUGACCUCCCCCCGCCUCCGGAGGACCUGGACAUUGCACCCGAGAGACCUCCGGCGCCUGUCAUUGAGGAAGAAGCAGUGCAGAGAAUCGAGUUGCCCGUGGAGCACCAGUCGGUGGCAUUUGACAUUGUGGAAGCGGCCCGCGACCUGCAAGACGAAGCCAUCAAGUGGUCCGUCAAGGACAACAGUCUCAUUGCGAUGGCACGGCAGAUGGCGCUGCAGAUGGCGGAGAUGGGACGUCUCUUUGACUCAUCUGGAGACCCGCAGUCGCGUAAGGAGCUCAUCAACCUGGCCAAGGCUAUUGCCAAGAGUACCAACGACAUCAUUCGUCUGGCGAAGGCAAC